AAAGACCUCGAGUCCGUCUUCGUCUUCUUCCGGUCCUCCUCUUCGUCUGACUUCCCAAAUCCAAUACAUACAUAGGUAUCGGUAAUUUCCAAUUUCCCCAUAUUUUUGUUGCAGCAGCGGGUGGCGCCGCCAGCGAAAGCCACCGCAACCAUCGGUGCUGCAUCCCUCUCCCUCAAUGGCAUCCUGCAGCUUUCCUUUCCCUCCUUCCAAUCUUCGUCUUUCCUCCAUGCCAAAACCCAAAUGGACAACAAUCCCUUCCUUCAUAAACCCUCCGCCGUCGGGAAUCCGAAUGUGUCGGGCGUCAACCACACCGAAGAAAUAUCCUUUCCCCAAAAGGACCAGCUACAAGCAAAGCAGCUCCAGCUCCUCGGAAGCAGAGGAGUUGGUUCGAUUGCUCGUGAGGAAUUUCAACGACAAGCAGCCUCUGACUAGUACACUCAAUAAGUAUGUGAAGCUCGUGCGCACAGAGCACUGCUUCUUACUCUUUGAGGAGCUCGGGAAGACUGAUAAUUGGAUCCAAUGCCUUGAGGUGUUUAGAUGGAUGCAGAAGCAGAGAUGGUAUAUAGCUGAUAAUGGUGUUUAUUCGAAGUUGAUUUCUGUAAUGGGACGGAAAGGGCAAAGUCGGAUGGCGAUGUGGUUAUUCUCUGAGAUGCGUAGUAGUGGUUGUAAGCCCGACACAUCUGUGUACAAUGCACUCAUCACAGCCCACCUCCACUCUCGGGACAAAUCCAAGGCCUUAGCGAAGGCCCUUUCGUAUUUUGAGAAGAUGAAAGGGAUGGAACGAUGCAGACCUAGUGUCGUCACGUACAACAUUAUGUUGAGAGCAUUUGCUCAGGCGAAAAAAGUUGACCAAGUUGAUGCUUUGUUCAAAGAUCUUGAUGAAAGCAUAAUUGCACCGGAUAUUUUCACAUUUAAUGGCGUGAUGGAUGCCUAUGGAAAGGCCGGGAUGAUCAGGGAAAUGGAAUCGGUCCUCUCAAGAAUGAAGAGCAAAAGGAUAAAGCCUGACAUAAUUACAUUUAAUUUGUUGAUCGAUGCAUAUGGAAGAAAGCAGGAGUUUGAUAAGAUGGAACAAGUGUUCAAGAGCUUGUUACGGUCCAAGGAAAAACCAACACUGCCUACAUUUAAUUCCAUGAUCACAAACUAUGGAAAAGCACGGCUCAGGGAGAAAGCAGACUUGAUUUUUGAGAAAAUGGUCGAAAUGGGAUACAAACCAAGCUUCAUUACAUAUGAAUCCCUUAUUAUGAUGUAUGGAUACUGUGAUUGUGUAUCCAGAGCAAGAGAUAUAUUCGACGAGAUGGCUGAAUCAGAGAAGGAGAAAAAAGUGUCGACUUUAAAUGCCAUGCUUGAUGUUUAUUGUAGGAAUGGCUUACCAAUGGAAGCGGAUAAGCUUUUUGUGCGCACACGUGCUGCCAGAUUGUUUCCCAUCGAUUCCUCUACUUACAAACUACUUUACAAGGCUUAUGUCAAGGCUGAUAUGAAGGAGUUGAUUCAGAAAUUACUCGUUGACAUGGAUAAAGAUGGUAUCAUCCCAAAUAAAAGAUUUUUCCUUGAUGCUCUUGGGGCAUUUGCUUCGUCGCCUCCUGCCAGCAAGAAAUCCAUCAGUCGAAAAGAUGUGUUACAUGAAGAACUCCCCGUUGUCAAGUCCUAGAUAGAUUCAGCUCGGUAUAUGAUUAAAUCACUCUUGUUAAAGUGCACAAGAUUAGUAUGUGCUCAAUAAUUUGUACUUUCCCAGGCAUUUGUGAGUUAUUCGGGUUUCCAGAAUCUGAGGUAUUUCUUCUUUUUCUUCU